CGAGCCCGACCCGCGCCGCAGAUGGAGACGACGAACGCGGCGCCGAAGAAGGCGCCGGGCAAGAAGUCGAAGACCAUCGAGGAGACGUACCAGAAGAAGACGCAGCUCGAGCACAUCCUGCUGCGCCCCGACACCUACAGCGCGCCCGCGGCGCCCGAGACCGCGCGACUCGGGUCCAUCGAGAUGAGCACGCAGCCGAUGUGGGUGCUCAACCCCGACACGAAGCGCAUCGUGCGGCGCAACGUGACCUACGCGCGCCGCGGCGUGCCCGGCCUCUUCAAGAUCUUCGACGAGAUCAUGGUCAACGCGGCCGACAACAAGCAGCGCGACCCGUCGAUGACGACGAUCAAGGUCGACAUCGACGUGGCGGCCAACUCCAUCUCCGUGGGCAACGACGGCAAGGGCAUCCCCGUGGAGAUGCACGGCGAGCACGGCUGCUACGUGCCCGAGCUCAUCUUCGGCCACCUGCUCACGGGGUCGAACUUCGACGACAACGAGAAGAAGACGACGGGCGGCCGCAACGGCUACGGCGCCAAGCUCGCGAACAUCUUCUCGAAAAAGUUCACGGUCGAGACGGCGGACUCCAAGUCCGGCCGCAAGCUGUCCCAGACCUGGGAGCACAACAUGUCCGGCACGCAGGGCCCCGCGAAGAUCUCGCCGCACAAGAACAAGAAGGACUUCACGCGCGUGACCUUCGAGCCGGACCUCGCGCGCUUCAAGAUGGACCGGUUGGACGACGACAUCGUCGCGCUCCUCUCGAAGCGCGCCUACGACGUCGCGGCCUCCGCGUCCUGCCACGGCUCGUCCCUCAAGGUCGAGCUCAACGGCGAGCGCGUGCCCGUGAAGUCGUUCGCGCAGUACGUCGCGCUCCACGACGGCCUCGAGCCCCCGGCGGCCCUCGAGCGGGUCGACGACCGCUGGACCGUCGGCGUCGCGCCCUCCGACGGCACCUUCCAGCACCUCUCCUUCGUCAACUCCAUCUGCACGUCCAAGGGCGGCAGCCACGUCAACUACGUCGCGGACCAGAUCACGGCCAAGCUCGCGGCGGCCGUCAAGAAGAAGAACAAGGGCCAGGAGGUCAAGCCCGCCUUCAUCAAGGCCCACCUCUGCGUCUACGUCGACGCCAUGAUCGUCAACCCGGCCUUCGACUCGCAGACCAAGGAGACGCUCACGACGAAGGAGAAGGCCUUCGGCUCCAAGUGCGUCCUGCCGGACAAGUUCCUCAAGGCCAUCGAGAAGUCCGGCGUCGUCGACCGCGUCCUCGCCUGGACCAAGUUCAAGCAGGACGAGCAGCUCAAGCGCAAGGGCGGCUCGAAGAAGACGCGGCUCACGGGCAUCACGAAGUUGGACGACGCGAACGCCGCGGGCGGCGCGCGCGGCAAGGACUGCACGCUCAUCCUCACGGAGGGCGACUCCGCCAAGGCGCUCGCCGUGUCGGGCCUCGGCGUCGUCGGCCGCGACCUCUACGGCGUCUUCCCGCUCAAGGGCAAGCCGCUCAACGUCCGCGAGGCGAGCCACGCGGCGAUCAUGAAGAACGAGGAGGUGCAGAACGUCGUCAAGAUCCUGGGCCUGCGCUUCGGCGUGACCUACGACGAGGCGAACCUCAAGACGCUCCGCUACGGCCACCUCAUGAUCAUGACGGACCAGGACCACGACGGGUCCCACAUCAAGGGCCUGCUCAUCAACUGCCUCCACCACUUCUGGCCGUCGCUGCUCCAGAUCCCGGGCUUCCUGCGCUGCUUCAUCACGCCCAUCGUCAAGGCGACGCCGGCGGCGAAGUCGAAGCCCGCGGAGGUCUUCUUCACGCUGCCCGAGUACGAGGCCUGGAAGGAGGCGCGCGGCGGCCUCCACGGCCACGCGAUCAAGUACUACAAGGGGCUGGGCACGUCGACGGCCAAGGAGGCCAAGGAGUACUUCGGGGAGCUCGACACGCACCAGCUCGACUACGCGACGCUCGACGAAUCCGCGCGCGAGGGCGACCUCAUCGACAUGGCGUUCUCGAAGAAGCGCGUCGAGGACCGCAAGACCUGGCUGCGCAACCUCGAGCCGGGGACCUUCGUCGACUACGCCGUCGACGCCAUGUCCUACGGCGACUUCGUGAACAAGGAGCUCAUCCUCUUCUCCGUCGCGGACAACCAGCGGUCGAUCCCGUCCGUCGUCGACGGGCUGAAGCCGUCGCAGCGCAAGGUGCUCUUCGCCUGCUUCAAGCGCAAGCUCAAGAAGGAGAUCAAGGUCGCCCAGCUCGCGGGCUACGUGUCGGAGCACGCGGCCUACCACCACGGCGAGAUGAGCCUCACGGGCACGAUCGUCGGCAUGGCGCAGGACUUUGUGGGCUCGAACAACGUGAACCUGCUGACGCCCGCGGGCCAGUUCGGCACGCGCAUCAUGGGCGGCAAGGACGCCGCGAGCUCGCGCUACAUCUUCACGAAGCUCGAGGCCGUCGCGCGCAAGGUCUUCCACCCGGACGACGACUUCGUCCUCGACUACCUCGAGGACGACGGCCAGUCCAUCGAGCCGACGUACUACGUGCCCGUCCUGCCCUUCGCGCUCUGCAACGGCGCCGACGGCAUCGGCACGGGCUGGGCGACGUCCGUGCCCAACUACGCGCCGCGCGCGCUCAUCGGCGUGCUCCGGCGCAUGAUCGACGCCGACGUGGGCGCGGCGGACCUCGCGCCCCACUACCGGGGCUUCGGCGGCGACAUCGUGGCCAAGGGCGGCAAGAACGCGGGCGCCUUCGCGGUCCUCGGCCGCGCGACGCGGCUCGACGACGUCACCGUGCUCGUCGACGAGCUGCCCUGGACGCACGACUACAAGCAGUGGCUCGAAGUCCAGCUCAGCGGCGACGACAAGACCAAGGCCUGGGUCAAGGACUUCAAGGAGAACCACACGGACACGCGCGUGUCGUUCACGGUGACGGUGACCAAGGGCGAGGAUUUGGACGACGCGGAGGCGGCGCUCGGCGGUCUGGAGAAGAAGUUCAAGCUCGAGGGGUCCCUGGCGACGUCGAACAUGAACUUCUUCGACGACACGGGCCUGGUCAUCGACAAGUACGACGCGCCCUUCGACGUCAUCAAGGCCUUCUACAAGGUGCGGGUGGCGACGUACGCGAAGCGGAAGGCGCACCUCGUCAAGGCGAAGCGCGCGCGCGUGAGCCUGCUGCGCAACAAGGUGCGCUUCGUCCUCUCCGUGCUCAGCGGCGACCUCGUGGUGCAGAACCGCAAGCGCGCGGAGCUGCUGGCCCAGCUCGUGGACGACGGCUACGACGCCGUGUAUAACGCCGCGGCGAAGAAGAAGACGCCGGCGAAGGCCGACGACGACGGCGACGCGUCGGGCUCCGACGGCGACGACGACGGCGCUGGCGCCGCGGCGGGCAGCUCGGACGCCCAGCUCGCCAAGGGCUACGACUACCUCCUGUCCAUGAAGAUCUGGAGCCUGACCAUGGAGCGCGUCGACGCGCUCCGCGCCGAGCUCAAGGACGAGGACGCGGAGCUCGUCGCGCUCGUCGCCAAGCCCGAGACGGCCAUCUGGCUCGACGACCUCGCGGACCUCGAGGCCGAGCUCGACGACCGCGACGCCGCCCGCGACGCGGAGGAGGCCGACGCGGCGAAGAAGGCCAAGGCGUGCCAGAAGAAGAAGCCGGCGAAGAAGCCAAAGAAGAACGCGCGCAAGAAGCAGGCCUACGAC